AUGGGUAUUCAAGGUCUUCUUCCACAGCUAAAACCUAUUCAGAAUCCGGUUAGUUUAAGAAGGUAUGAAGGUCAAAUAUUGGGGGUUGAUGGAUAUGCUUGGUUACAUAGAGCUGCUUAUCCGUGCGCUCACGAAUUGGUUUUGGGAAAACCUACUGAAAAAUACUUACAGUUUUUUAUUAAAAAGAUCAGUAUGCUUAGGAGCUAUAAAGUUGAACCAUAUAUAGUAUUUGAUGGGAGUUCUAUUGGUGUCAAAAAAGAUACAGAAUUGAAAAGAAGAAAAAAAAGAGAAGAAAAUAGAGUUAUUGCAGAAAAGCUUUGGAAUUCUGGAGAUAAAGCUCGUGCUAUGGAAUAUUUUCAAAAAUGUGUAGAUAUUACACCAGAGAUGGCAAAAUGUAUUAUUGAUUAUUGUAAAACAAAUCAUAUUAAAUAUGUUGUAGCACCAUUUGAAGCAGAUUCUCAGCUUGUGUAUUUAGAGAAAAAUGGUAUCAUUGAUGGUAUAUUGUCUGAAGAUUCUGAUCUGCUUGUUUUUGGAUGUCGAACAUUAAUUACAAAGUUGAAUGAUUAUGGUGAAUGUAUUGAAAUUUGUUCUGAUGAUUUCCAACAAUUGAAAGAUAAAUUCCCAAUAGGUGAUAUUUCAGUUGAUGGUGUUAGAACAAUGGUUGCAUUAUCAGGAUGUGAUUAUACUGAUGGUAUACCUAAGAUUGGUUUAUUAAGAGCGAUUAAACUAGUUCAACGGUUUAAUAAGAUGGAAAAAAUUAUAAAUCAUAUUAAAUUGGAAGGUAAGUUAACAGUGCCUUCCCAUUUUUAUGAAGAAUAUGAGAGGGCGAAUUAUUCGUUCCAAUUUCAAAGGGUUUUCUGUCCCCAGAGAAGAAGAAUUGUCACUUUAAAUGCUAUAUCUGAAAAACUUCAAAGCAUUCCAAGUAUAGCUGAAAAAAUAGCCAAAUCAAUUGGUCAAGCUAUUCAUUGUGCUACAAAAGAGAGGUUUUAUGGUUUAAAUUCUGAUGAAAUUGAUCAUGAGUUACAUGAGAAGAUAGCGCUUGGUGACCUUAAUCCACAUGACUUUAAUAGACCGUUGGUUAAUAGAGAAUUUAGGUUGCAAUUAAGUACGAAAUCAGAAAUUUUAAGUCCAUCUAAUUCCCAUUUGAAGACAAGAAUAAAGAAUAUUGAAAAUUACUUUGAUAUAAAUCAUUCACAUAAUUUAGUCAAACCUAUUAGAGCAAACAGCACAAUCGGAACUAUUGGAUCAGCACUAUUUCAUGGAAUGACACAGUCUUCUCUUCAAAAGUCUAUGAAUCAGGAAAGUAGACUUUAUUCUACUAUAUCUUCUCUUUCUGAAAACAUUCAAUCAUCAAUGCAAAGAAAAGAGCAAAAGACUAAUAGAAUAAUAAAUAAUAGAUUGUUAGUGGUUCGCGCAAAAAGAUCGUUUGAGUACUGUCAGACCUCUGAUGAAAAUGGAGAUGUUCCAAAUAAACAAUCAGUUACGUCUGUUAUUAAUAACGUAUCUUCAAAUCCUAAAACUGUGGUAAGUAAAUUUUUUAAUAAAUCACAAGAGAUUAAUAAAUCUUCUAUGUUGAUUGAAAAAACACCGCAGCGUUUUCGAUGUUCUACUACUAAUGGAGAUAGUGAAGCAGAAACCGAAGUACCUGAAUCCUUGUUAUCUACGCAAGUUUCGACAAGAUCAUCCUCUAUUAUAUCAACAGAUGAGGAUGAGUUACCAUCGGAUAUCUCAGAAUAUUCAGAAAAUGAAUGUAUCUCAAAUAAUGAUUGCAACAAUACGAGUGAUCAAGAGGAUUCAUUGAAUAAAAAGAAACAAGAUGAACUUAAAGCAAGAAGGCUUGUUGGUUCUAAAAAUAUGUUGGAAGAAUUUAGAUACAGAAGUGAUAGUUCCACACUGAUGGAAGAGAGACAAAUAGUUAGGGUCCCUUUUUCUGAUGUACAUCCAAAUAAAAAGGAUCUACUUUCUAUAAAUGAUAUCAAUAACAAAAACAACAAUCUUAAAAAUAAUACAAGAAGAAGCCUUACAAAACAGAAGAAAGCAAUUAGUUCUUUAGUCUGUACUAUUAAAAGAAGUUCAAGCAACGAUGUUGGUUCUAACGAGGACAAGCGUAUUUUAGAUCAAACAAGGAAUCAAAAUUGUGUCAAAAGAAUUCGUUCUUCUCGUGGAAUUAAAUUAAAAAUAUCACGUUCCAGCUCUCAACUGUCUAUGCAAGAUGAUUGUGGUGAUAUUACAGAUGAUAACAUGGUGCAGAAGAUUGUGAAAAGCGGGGUAGAAAAAACGAUGAGAAAAGAAAAUGUUAUGAAAUCAAACAAAAGAACUAUAACUUCUCUCUCAUGCUUUUCUUAUAAAGAGUCUUAG